AUGAAUAAACUAAUGGAGGGCAAAUACACACUGCUGAUCGGGAAACGUGUCGCUCUGAAGAUGUGCCGGGGGGGAAACUCAGAACUGACUUUAGAUCAGUGCCUAUGGGCAACUUCAUUCUACUCUUUAAAGGACCUUUUAAAAAAAAAGGUUUACUUGAAGACCAUUCCUCUUGUAGCCAUUCCUCUGGGAUCUACAACAGGUCUGUUCAUCCCCAUCCUUCUGGGUCCUAAAGCAGGUCUGUUCAUCCCCAUCCUUCUGGGUCCUAAAGCAGGUCUGUUCAUCCCCAUCCUUCUGGGUCCUAAAGCAGGUCUGUUCAUCCCCAUCCUUCUGGGUCCUAAAGCAGGUCUGUUCAUCCCCAUCCUUCUGGGUCCUAAAGCAGGUCUGUUCCUCCCCAUCCUUCUGGGUCCUAAAGCAGGUCUGUUCAUCCCCAUCCUUCUGGGUCCUAAAGCAGGUCUGUUCAUCCCCAUCCUUCUGGGUCCUAAAGCAGGUCUGUUCAUCCCCAUCCUUCUGGGUCCUAAAGCAGGUCUGUUCAUCCCCAUCCUUCUGGGUCCUAAAGCAGGUCUGUUCAUCCCCAUCCUUCUGGGUCCUAAAGCAGGUCUGUUCAUCCCCAUCCUUCUGGGUCCUAAAGCAGGUCUGUUCAUCCCCAUCCUUCUGGGUCCUAAAGCAGGUCUGUUCAUCCCCAUCCUUCUGGGUCCUAAAGCAGGUCUGUUCAUCCCCAUCCUUCUGGGUCCUAAAGCAGGUCUGUUCCUCCCCAUCCUUCUGGGUCCUAAAGCAGGUCUGUUCCUCCCCAUCCUUCUGGGUCCUAAAGCAGGUCUGUUCAUCCCCAUCCUUCUGGGUCCUAAAGCAGGUCUGUUCAUCCCCAUCCUUCUGGGUCCUAAAGCAGGUCUGUUCAUCCCCAUCCUUCUGGGUCCUAAAGCAGGUCUGUUCAUCCCCAUCCUUCUGGGUCCUAAAGCAGGUCUGUUCCUCCCCAUCCUUCUGGGUCCUAAAGCAGGUCUGUUCAUCCCCAUCCUUCUGGGUCCUAAAGCAGGUCUGUUCCUCCCCAUCCUUCUGGGUCCUAAAGCAGGUUUGUUCCUCCCCAUCCUUCUGGGUCCUAAAGCAGGUCUGUUGCUCCCCAUCCUUCUGGGUCCUAAAGCAGGUCUGUUCCUCCAUCCCUCCCUCUGCCUACUUCUGUCUCACUCUGUCAUAAUCUGUCCUGCUGCCCAGUGCUUCAUGCAAACGCUAAUGACAGCUUGUUCUGAGAAAUUAGUGUUGCAUUAAACCGAAAACAAACAAAUAAGACAUACACACGCGUGCCAACAUGCCCACUUUCUCACCGAUGUGCAGGAGUUAUCUAGAUUACCAAUGGAUGGAUUAGUCUACUUUUGUUCCAAGCUCAUACAUCAAC